AUUUAGUAGGGAUGGAUGAUAUACCAUUAUGAAUAAAAAUGCAUGAAAUAUGCAGAACCCAUCCUAAAGAAAAGUUACUUUUUGUUUGAGAAGAAAAAAAUCCAACGAAUAAAACAGGGUUCACGUAAGGUCCACUUUUAUAUAGCACACACUUGAAUGACACAUUAUGGCAUCCUUGCUUUGUCUCAAGUCUCCAUCUAGGCAUGCAUUCAGGUCCAGCCAUAAAUUCUGCUGUUUAUCAGAAAAAAAAGAGAGAAUGAAAAAGAACAAAUCAAAACAAACAAAAACAGAGGUUGCUAUUUCUGUGUUAGAGCAAUAACACAGAUAAGUUAUUGUAAGUACUUUUAAAACACAAUACAUUCUUCUUAAAUAGUGUUCUGUUUUCACUCUUUUGCAUGUGUGUGCUGUUGUUUCUAUUUUUCCUGAGGAAAAAGAUGCUGUUAUUGGAAAAUCCAGAGAACUAAUUAAUAAGUUUGUCAAUUUUAUCAAAUUUGUGCAUAUUUCUACCUUUUUCUUCCUUCAAAUUGAUGAGAAAGUUUGUGGAGAAGGUUUAACUGAAUUAAACUUCAGUGUGAGUACACAUCAUAUGAAAUAGCAGACAAUUGACGAUGGAGUGUCCUUAUGCCAUAAGCAUAGAACAAGUUCUAUUCUCAAGCAGCAGCAUGUUAGUCACUGAUGAAUGUCAUUGCUGUGUGCAAAGAUUAUAUGUUUCUUGCCUUAUGAAUGUUCUGUCUGGGCUAAAUUCUCCUCCCAGUUUAGUAUCUCCCAAUAGCUGUGAUAAUCUCUCCUUGGCCCUUAUCUCCUAUGACUUUCUCAGUCAGCCUUCAUUUAAGGUCCCCCUUUUUUCUCCCAGCAAUUAAAGGGUUUGGUUUCUGUGUCCAAAGUCCUCUCUUCCUAUAUCUUCUCACUCUUCCCUCUCUACCCUGCUGCCUUCAGGCGUUCUUCUGCCCAAUGUGUCUCCUCUUAUGAGUGCUUAUGCUUAGCAGUGCCUUAUCUCUUUUUGCCCUCAUUGAGGAUUUCUCUUUUUCACAGAUUCUUUUCCCGGUGCUCUUAGCUGACUUCGGAUAAUCCUCUUUUCCAAUCGUGAGUGCCCUGAGGAAGCUCUGAAGCUCUUUUUCAAGCCCAGCACAAGCUUCUAGCCCAGGAGGAAGGAAGGCACUGCCAGGAGUGUGGAGUGCUUGGCCUUUUGAAGAGAGGGAAUGGCUGCAAAUGAAGACAAGUGAGCAGUGUCAGUUUUCUUCCUGCCUUUCCUAUGUGAGCACAGGGCAGCCGAGGGGAGCUGGCAGCCCAGGGGAGCUGGCAGGCCCACCAGGGCUCAGCUACGGGGCGGAGGUGGAAGCACCCCUUCAUUCUGCUUUCAGCAGAGCAGCAAAAAUUGAUCAAGAUUUUCUUUGCCACUUUAUUGGUCCACCUGGACUUGCAAAGGGUUGCCAACUAACAGAGCUGAUGAAAGGUGCCCGAAUCAUCCUCUCAGAUGAUCCCUGCAGCAGCCCAAAAAGGCAACGCGAUUUAAUCUGCAGGCAGUCUCUCUAUUGGAUCCCCACCGACGUCUGUGCCGCUGCUCGGCGUGUCCUGUGGGGAAAGCGUAGCAUCCAGCCGCUGGCAUCUCCUCCUGGCGGAAGCACCCUUAGAAGUGGAGAAGAAAAAGAACUCCCGCUCGUGAGGCUCGCACGUGCUGCUCGCUGCCUCGGCCGAGUGCUGUGCUGAAGGAGCGGGACAUCUGCGCGCAUGGGAGAAGCAGCUGCUCCAGCCCGGGGCUGGGGCUGAACUUCCUGCAGCGCUUCGGGCUUGGAGUGAGCGCAGAGGGAGGCGAGCAGCAGGACGGGAAAGCGCAGCCCGGAGCGUAUAAAGACAGACUCGGUUAGAAUAUUUAAAGCUUAAUGGCCUCCGGCAUAAACAAGAGCCGGCAACCCGGGACUUGCAAUGGAUCUAAAGCCCCUCGCGGCAUUUCGGCAGAAGGAUACAAUAAGGAAAUUCACAUGCAAAUGUGCAAGAAGAUCGCCCAGCUCACCAAGGUGAUAUAUGCACUGAACACUAAGAAUGAUGAACACGAAGAUAGUAUACAGGCUCUGAGAGAAGCUCAUGAAGAAGAAGUUCAGCACAUUCUUGCUGAGAUGAAGGAAACUAUUCUCCAGUACAAAAGUAAAGUUGAAGAAGAACAGUUGCUGAGAAAACAUAUUCAAGCCCUUGAAACUGCAGUAGAACAACACAGGAAACUAAAGGAAGAAGCCUUGGCAGAGUUAACGUUGUGCAAGAAGCAGGUGGAAGAGAGGGAACCAAGAGCAGAAGUAAAAGUCACACAUGUGGCCCUUUCCACAGACACAAUAGAUACUAAUGCAGAAUUUGAAAACAAACGGACCAAUGGACAACAAAAUGAAUGCAAACUAUCUAGGAGAGAAAAUUUAGAUGAAGAUAUUUUUGCUGAAAAAUUGAGCAUGGAGGGUCGAGUUCUAAUAAAGGAAAUGGAAAACCUGAGGAGUGAGAACCAAGGAGCAAUUAAAGAAUAUACUCAGAAAACAAGCCAACUGCGAGCCUCCUGUGAGAGGGGAAGAGAGUCUUUGAAAAAGUCUACACAGCAAUCUAUGACAGAAACAAGGAAUCAUCAUCAGCAAAGAGAAAUGGAGCAAAGAAAUUGCUCAGAGGCUGAGAAAGGUUUUUGGAUGCAGCAGGUAAAGAAACUGGAGGCAGACCUAGAGGAGAAAAGUCAGAAGAUAAAUGAGAGGAAGAAACAUUCCCAGAAGCUCAAAGAAAGAAUACAGGAACUCCAGACGCAGCUAGAGGAAUUUAAAAGAAAAUCUGAGUGUGAAAUAAAGCAACUAGAGAAAGAAAAAGAAGCCCUAACUGGGAAACUUCAAAACUCUUCACUUGAGGUGGCUCAGCUGAGGCAAAUACUAGACCAACAAGCAGAUAAUUUCAAGGAGUCACUGAAGAAACACAAUCUGCAGUCCAGCAAAGAAAAGGAGAAGCUUUUGCAGGAUCUUCAAAACACCAUUAAAGAAAACCAGAACGUUAAACUGCAGCUGGAAGCGUCACAUCAAAAAGUUUUAAAAAUGUUGGAGAAAAACAAAAAACAGGAACUCAAGGAGGCAGAAGAGCGUUUGAAAAAGGAGUUUAAUGAGACUUUCAAAAUCCAACAUCAGUCUCAUAGGCUGGAAAUGCAAACCUUGGAAGAGAGAGCAAAGAAAGAAUUACAGGAUGAACUCGAGCAGAUACAGAAGCAGCAAACUCUGUUGCUAGGAUCUCUAAGGGUAGAAAUUUCUGAGCAACAGACAUCAUGCACAAAUCUCAAAAAACAAAUAGAAGAGCUCCAAAUGGAGUUGAGGAGCGUGAGGACCUUGAAGAAGCAACAGGAAGGAAGCAGCCAGAACCAGAUUAGAUCUCUUCAUGAUGAACUGGAAAAAUGUCAGAGUGAAAUUUCUGAGCUCAAAAAAGAGAACUCACUUUUGAAGGACACAAUGGAAUUACUCAGUGCUGAGUUGGAGACACAGAAGCAAGAACCUGCACAGCUUCAGGAUAAGGAGAAGCAACACAAAAGGAUAUUCUUGAACUGCAACCCCCACUUUAUCAUGGAAGUAGAUGCAUUUUGCAGCCUUCUUUGGAUACUUAAAAAAUUAGAAGAAAACACAAGAAAACCAGAAUCCAGACCAGAAGAUAUACACCUUAUAAGUUGCCUGCAAGAUAAACUAAGUGAGAGAGAGGAAAUUAUUAAGCAGCUGGUGGAAGGAAGAAAAUUUCAGCAUUCACUUUUAGCCAGUACUGAAUCUUACAGAAAUCGAUCUUUUUCUUUCACCCCUAAUCCUGGGUGUUUGACUCCUAUGAAGCAGCAGAAGAGACCAGUUGAGGUGCCCAGUCGUGUUGUCAGUGUACCAAAUUUAGCUUCCUACGCAAAGAGCUUUUUGAGUGGUGACUUGAGAUCAAAAAGAAAUGCUCCUCAAAUAACAAAAUCAACGAGCUUAGACCAGAGUCCUGGAUGCCUCAGAGUGGGUUCUCCAACAGCACAGACUUCAGACAGCAGCACUUCCAUAAGGAUGCAUGGCAGUGAACCACCACAAACCAAAGAUGACCAAAUGCAAGACCCUGAGCAUCAAGAGUGGUUUACUAAAUACUUUUCUUUUUAAAGCAGAUAAUUUACAUACUCCUCAGAUUUACCAGAAAAGCUGUUUGUUUUCUGCUAGGGAAUGUUAAUCUAAUAAGUUCUGCAACAAAAAGUGUCGAAAUAAUUUCCAAGGAUAUUGUUAGGAACAACAGCACUCUCUUACAUCUAAUUAUAAUGGAAUUACAGGCAUAGAUUUCAGCAAAAUGCAUUUUUUGUAAUAACCUCUGAAAAAAAAAAAAGAAAAAAAGAAGAAAAAGCAAAAUUCUUAAUACUGCUGUGUAAAAUUACUUUUUACUCAAGAGAAUGUAUCAUUCCACAAUUACAUUAAAUAUUCAUUUUGUCCUCUAAUGUCCUGCUACAGACUCCAGAUGAAGAUAUUACUUCUAAGUAAGUGAUUUCUCUAGGUUUAUAUGCUUGCUUCAUCAGCUGUUUUUUGCAUAGUAAUGUAAUUUUGUUUUAAAUUGGUUUCUUGUAAAGUUGUUUUAUGCUGAGCAGCAUGUGAUACACAUCUAAGAAUAGCAAGUUUACAGCAAGCUGUUUUAAAAAUGUUUUCUGCUUAGCUUAAUGGACUGUUUUGUAUAGCGUUGUCAUGUAAUGUUCCUGGUGCACUUCAACUUAUGUAACAGUCAGCCUGAUGAAUCAGGAUAGUAUGUAAGUACGAACAUUAAAACUUGCUUGUAAGUAACCAAC